AUGAGCGAACAGGAUAGGGAGGUCGUCGUCGAGACGGUUACGGUGGAGACGGCACCGCCCGAGCUGCAGCCGCAGCCGCAGUCGCAGCUGCUCGGCGGCGUGACGCAACCGCCGCCGCCGUCGACAGCGACUGAUGCACCAGCCAUCGGACCGUCGAGGGGGCUGGAGUCAGCCGCAACCCCCUUGCCCCAGCAACCGCCCUCGUCAGAUCUCGAUCAACAAACGCCAACAACAGAUCUUCCGCAACAUCCUGCAGCAACAAACAUUCCUGUUGCUUCCAGCGAAUCGACGUCCACAUUAUCAACAGAGACCCAGUCGACCAUCCCGGCCUCCGCAUCCUCGGCGUCGGCGAUCGCUUCUGCAGCCGCCCCGAUGACCGACUCUUCUCAAUCUUUACCCAUUUCGCAGCUCCAACGGCUGUCCAUCAGUGAGACAACCGCUGAGGGCUUGGUCGAGUCGCCCGCCGAUAUGAGUCCACUGGCCGCCGCGCGACCACCGUUCGAGCGCACCGAGACGGGAAGCACCACCGAGUCUAGGAAGCAUACCGCGCUGCCUCCAGUGCAGACUGAAGGCCUUCUGUCGCCGAUCUCCGCGGGACCGUCGCUGCUCUCCUCGACGUACUCCCUUAGAAAGGGAACGGGUGACUCAGGGCGCAAUCUCCGCGGUGCGCGCCACUGGAGUCGCGACGAUGUACCCCCACACAGCCCCGAGGAAGGACUGGGCAAGGAGUCGAUGGUGAUCCAGUGUGACGAUGAUGAGAGCGACGAGGACGUCUGUCAUGGAACCUCCGGAUCGAGAACCAAAUCCAGGUCCAGAUCGCGAUCGACGUCGCCGCACAAGAGGCAUCACCUUUUCCACCGCAGCCUCGACUUCCCCUUCAAGGAGAACACCAUUGCGCGCCGCGCGCAGGCUCCGGGUCCCCUGGAGCUGUCGUACCAGCUGUCCCCGGAGCGACCGGGCCACAAGCCGCUCCCGCUCAGUGGUGCCACUACGCCCGCGGAGGAAGAGUCUCCAAAGACGCGCAUGGACCACGAAGUUGACCUCGGCGAGCGCAUCCGCAAGGGCAAGCUCGCGCAGCGUCUGCAAGAAGUGUUUGGACUGGAGGAGGAGGAAGAGGUCGUCGAAGAGCUGGCAUGCUGGCUGCUCAGGAACAGCUUGCUGAAGGGCUACAUGUUCCUGACAGCUCAGCGCAUUUGCUUCUUUGCGCAUCUGCCAGAGCAAGACCCUAUUAAGAGUGGCCCGUUGUGGAAGAAGUCGAAGAAGACGAAACUCAGCACAAAGUUCUGGUUCGUCCUCCGCAACGACGUCUUGAGCUGGUACGAGAGCGCGACCGACCCGUACUUCCCCAAGGGCAACGUGUCACUGCAUUACGCUAGCAGCGUCGACAUGAUCAGCGGUGCCAAGUUCAAGCUGCGCACUGCCGAGCGAAACUACACGUUCACAGCGGACACGGAGGCGAACGCGAAGGAGUGGGUCCGAGUACUUCGCAAGGUCAUCCUCAAGACGCAGCAUCAUGGCGAGAGCGUGAAACUCAUCAUCCCCCUUGACGCCGUUGUCGAGAUUGAGCGCAGCCCGACGCUCGAGUUCGCGGAGACUGUCGAGGUCAAGGUCGUCGACCCCGAGGACGCUAUGAGCGUCGACUCGUACUUCUUUGCCGGCUUCAGCGACAACGACUACGCCUUUGACGUUAUUCAGGCGCUCCUGAGUGCACGCCCUCGCAAGGAGUUAGACCCACCCCAGGUCCCGUCCACCGCCGAGCUGCAGCAGCAAGCGCAGCAGCUCGCGGACGAACAAGGCACGCGCCCCGGAUCAGCGGCUUCGUAUGCGAGCGCUAGCGUGUCCAAGGUCGGGAGUCUUCUGCGUCCCUUGAUCAGCAGCCAGCACACGUCUGACUCUCGUGUGCCCAUCGCUGCACCUCCGCCGCCAUCGCUGCCCGAGGUCGGUGACACGAGCGGAUUCACGAGCGACUAUGAGUCAGAAGCUGAUUCUGCCAAUCGCAGUCAUGGCGGUUACCCUCCGAAGCCUGUAGGACGCCCUCCGCCUCGCAUGCUCGAGCAGCAGAGCGGCUCUUGGGGCACGCCAGGCUGGAUUCGGAAGCCUGCUGCGAAGCUUUUCGGCUCGUCGCCUUCUUCAAGUGACAUCCAGCCGCGACGCCGACCCUCGCGCCGCGUCAAGAAGCGCAAGCAGCCGUCAGUCACCGAGGUUGUCGAGCCCACCAUCCCGCUGACGACGGACGAGGAGAUGAGCGAGACUGAGUCUCCGCGUCGCUCACGCCAUCGCCGCAUGCACAGUGGCGGGUCGAGUAUCAUCCAGCGCCUGACCGGCGGCUCUGUCUCUGACUGGAGCAUUGACUCGGAGACGGACGAGGCGAGCCGCAAGUUCCACGCCAUCUUCUCGAUGCCUGACACUGAGGUGCUCAUAGACGACUUUACAGGUUACCUGUACCGCGUGGUACCGGUGCAUGGGCGGUUCUACAUCUCGCAGAACUUCUUCUGCUUCAUCUCCACACGCGCCGUCAUGAAGACCAAGAUGGUCGUCCCCAUCAAGGAUCUGUAUGGCCUAAAGGGACAGAAAGCGUUCCGUUUCGGGCACCACGCGCUUAUCCUUAUCGUGAAAGGGUACGAGGAGAUCUUCCUCGAAUUCUCGUCGAAGCGCACCCGCGACGAGUGCUCUCGCUUGCUCGAUCAGCGCAUGGAGCAGGUCACGCUCGCCGAGGCUGCCGAGAGUGACAGCAUCUCAGAUCCCGCCAAGCGUGGCUCAACUUUGACUGAGUCACCCAAAUUUAUCGAGGAGCACCUGGCUAGCGGGAAGGACGAGAAGGUGCCAUCGCCCAUGUUUGGCAGCUCGACAAGCAGUACCUUCCUCGACUUCAAGCCCAAGCCAAUGAAGAUCACCUGCCUCACUAUCGGGUCGCGCGGCGAUGUUCAGCCGUACAUUGCGCUGUGCAAGGGCCUUAUGGCCGAGGGACACGAGUGCACAAUCGCGACUCACGGAGAGUACAAGGACUGGGUUGAGGGUCACAAGAUCGGCUUCAAGAGCGUCGGCGGAGACCCGGCCGAGCUGAUGCAGCUCUGCGUCGACAACGGCCUGUUCACCGUCGCCUUCCUGAAGGAGGGUCUUGCGAAGAUGCGUACUUGGUUGGAUGACCUGCUCGUCUCGAGCUGGAAGGCCUGCCAGGGCGCAGACCUGCUGAUCGAAUCGCCGAGCGCCAUGGCUGGUAUCCACAUCGCGGAAGCACUGCAGAUCCCUUACUACCGCGCGUUCACCAUGACCUGGACGCGCACUCGUGCCUACCCGCAGGCCUUUGCCGUGCCGGAGUACAAGCGUGGUGGAGCGUACAACUACAUGACGUACGUCAUGUUCGACCAGGUGUUCUGGCACGCGAUCAGUCGCCAGGUGAACAGGUGGCGGAAAAAGUGGCUGCAUCUUGAAUCGACCAAUCUGACAACGAUGGAGCAGGACAAGGUGCCCUUCCUCUACAACUUCUCGCCUACGAUCGUGCCCCCUCCUCUUGACUGGAGCGAGUGGAUCCACGUGUGCGGAUACUGGUUCCUUGACGAUGCUAGCAGCAAGGACAAGGUCUGGGAGCCCCCCAAGGGCAUCACCGACUUCAUCGACGGCGCACACGCCAAGGGGAAGAAGGUCGUGUACAUUGGCUUCGGAAGCAUCGUCGUGUCGGACCCGAAGGAGAUGACCAAGUGCGUUGUCGACGCCAUCGUCGAGAGCGGCGUGCACGCCAUCCUGUCCAAGGGAUGGAGUGACCGCGGCUCGCGGAACUCGGGCGACAAGUCCAAGAUUGGCGACGCGGACGGCGCAGACGGCAUCAAGUACCCCGACUGCAUCUACGCGAUUGACAGCAUCGACCACUCUUGGCUGUUCCCCCGCAUCGAUGCAGCUGUGCACCAUGGUGGAGCUGGCACGACCGGUGCGUCGCUUCGCGCUGGCCUGCCCACGAUUAUCAAGCCAUUCUUCGGUGACCAAUUCUUCUGGGCUGAGCGCGUCGAGUCGCUUGGUGUUGGUGACGGCAUCAAGAAGCUCACGACGGACGCUCUGUCCAAGGCGAUGAAGUCGGCGACGACGAAUGAGCGUCAGAUCGCCAAGGCCCGUGCCAUCGGUGCCGCCAUUCGUAGCGAGGACGGAAUCGGCAAGGCGAUCCAGUCGCUCUACCGCGAUCUCGACUACGCUCGCAGCAUCAUCAAGCCCCUUCCCCACCAUCGCCAACCUCUCCCCCUUCGACCCCGCACUGGCAGUACUAGCGACACUGCUACGGAGGAGAGCUGGAGCGUUGUCUCCGAGCAGAGCGCGCUGCACUCGCCGGGCCGCGACGGAGCUGCCGGCGCCGCUCCCGUGUCGGCGACCGGAACGCCCCGCCCUGACCAGGUCGAGACGCUGAGCGAGCCGCGCGACCCCAACCAGCGCGUCGGCCACAUCGUCGAGCGAAGCCUCGUCGCACCACCAUCAUCACCGCCUCAGCGGGUUCGUCGAUCACCUCCUGCACCACCACCAUCAUCACGAGAAGGAGGACAAGGCAGAGAAAGAGUAGAAAUCUGCCCCGCCACCCUUCCGCAAGGAGGUCUUACCGACGGAGGACUAGGGAUCCGGGUCGCCGACGUGCUUGUCGCCCGUCGCGGUGGCUGCGAGGCGAGUGUGGUCGCCGCGGAGUUCGCAACCUCGAUCCUCGGCACCGUCGAGCCCUUCGCCUCUCGGUCUCUCGCCGCCAGUGACACCGACUACGCUGUACCCCUCCUCAUACCCGGCUAUGCCUCUGACCUUCCUCGCUUCUCCACCUUCUCCGUCACUUGCAAUCUCAGAAGUUCCCAGCCAUACCCACACCCCGCUCCAGUGACACCACCUCUUCCAAUCCCCUACUAA